AUGACAGGUAUGUCAUCCAUUCGAUACCAUGAACACAGUAUAACAGCUAUAGACCAAACUCCUAUUGUCAUCGAUAAUGGCCAUCUACUCCGUGACAAAGGCCAAAAAGAGUGGUACCUCGGCGACGAAGUCAUUUCCGAGCUCCAAUACCUGAAAGAAGACGGUGUACGAUGGGAACUGCGUUACAAACAAGUCCAAAAGAUCUGGCACGAUAUCAUCACCAACAAGCUCCACAUCCUCAUCGACUCCGAGCGUCCAAUCCUCCUCACCGAGUCCUUCUUAUAUUACUACCCCAAGAAAGAAGACACCGCAGAAUGGAUCUUCGAAAGCCUCAACCCCCCAUCUCUCUGCCUCUACCCAUCCCCCAUCCUGUCCUUGCACGCUACUUGCCGCACCACCGGCCUAGUCAUCCAAGCCGGCCACCGCAAAACCGACGUCGUAGCCAUCCAGGAUGGCCUUCCAAUCAAAUGGCGUCAAACCCACACCGCGGGCGAUGAAUUGACCCAUUUUCUAAUCUACAAGCUACGUGAACGUGGCUACGAGCUCUACACCGGCGUUGGAUACGAACACACCCGUCGCAUCAAGGAGACCUUCUGCUACGUUCCCGACUGGGAUGAAGUAUACACCAAAUUCCACGAAUCUCCCCAGGCCUUUCAACGCACUUACACCCUCCCCGACGGACAAACCAUCACUGUUGACGAAGAGCUCUUCCACACCGGUAUGGCCUUUCUUGAUCCCUGCACCUUCGGCACCAAAUAUCCUUCAGUCGAUUCAAUCGUGUACAAUACCAUCAUGAACGACGAUAAGGAUCUUCAGGCUGUCCUCACCAGAAACAUCGUACUGGCCGGCGGCUCCGCCAACCUCCCCGGUAUCGCCGAGAUAUUAAAAGGAGAAUUGGAUAAUUACUACGGAUUUCGCUCAGAGCCAAUUCUAGCCGAGAUCCAUACACCGUCGAACCCGCACCUGUUAGCAUGGACUGGGGGAUCGAUGAUGGCAGAGCAUUCGUCGUUAAAGGAACGGUGGAUUUCGAGGCAGGAAUUUGAGGAAUUCGGACACUCGAUUGUCAAGCGGAAGGGUGUAUAUCAGCAUCCCUAA